UUCAAGAGAGAGGAAAUCCUAAGGAAAUGUGUGUGGGAUCACACUCGGUGUUUCCAAGUAGCCUGGGCUUUAAUAACUAACUAUUUUCACCGUGUUAAGAAAGUCAGCUUUGCUCGUCUUGAUACAAACAACAGGGGGGGACAAAGAAGGGGGGGACAACGGCCGCCGUUAGGUCAAAAAAAAUAAAAUGUCGAUUCAGUACGACGUGGAGCAGCUGGCUGACAGCUACGGGGUGGCAGACUCGUUCCCCAAAGAUUUCGACUAUGGUGAGGAGGAGGCCGACAUCGAGGACAGCCCGGCUCCGUCCGACAGCAAGCCGAGGAUCCUGCUCAUGGGUUUGAGGAGGAGCGGGAAGUCGUCGAUACAGAAGGUGGUGUUCCACAAAAUGUCUCCCAAUGAGACCUUGUUUCUGGAGAGCACCAACAAGAUCUACAAGGACGACAUCUCCAGUAGCUCCUUUGUCAACUUCCAGAUUUGGGACUUCCCAGGUCAGGUUGACUUCUUUGACCCAACCUUCGACUACGAGAUGAUCUUCAGAGGAACCGGGGCAUUGAUAUUUGUCAUCGACGCUCAGGAUGAUUACGUGGAGGCUCUGGGCAGGCUUCACCUCACUGUGUCGCGAGCCUACCGGGUGAAUCCAGAGAUCAACUUUGAGGUGUUCAUCCACAAAGUGGACGGCCUCUCGGACGAUCACAAGAUCGAGACACAGAGGGACAUCCAUCAGAGAGCCAACGAUGACCUGGCGGACGCUAGCUUAGAAAAGCUGCAUCUCAGCUUUUACUUGACGAGCAUUUACGACCACUCCAUCUUUGAGGCCUUCAGCAAAGUGGUGCAGAAGCUCAUCCCUCAGCUUCCCACACUGGAGAACCUUCUAAACAUCUUCAUUUCCAAUUCAGGGAUCGAGAAAGCCUUUCUGUUUGACGUGGUCAGUAAGAUCUACAUCGCCACAGACAGCUCUCCUGUAGACAUGCAGUCGUACGAACUGUGCUGCGACAUGAUCGACGUGGUCAUCGACGUCUCCUGUAUCUACGGUCUGAGGGAGGACGGCAGCGGCAGCGCCUACGACAAGGAGUCCAUGGCCAUCAUCAAGCUCAACAACACCACUGUGCUGUACCUGAAAGAGGUCACCAAGUUCCUGGCCCUUGUCUGCAUCCUGCGAGAAGAAAGCUUUGAGCGCAAAGGGUUGAUAGACUACAACUUCCACUGUUUCCGGAAGGCCAUCCAUGAAGUAUUCGAGGUGGGAGUUUCCACCCAGCGUCCAGCGGGCUCCCAGGCGGUGGGCUCGCCCUGCACCAAGGUCGUCGCACUGAAUGGCACGCCGCGCAACACUGUCUAGACUCAUAUGCAAAAUUAAAAAAAAAAUAAAAAGACGCAAAAAGAGGGUAAGAGGAAAGGAAAGGUGGAGAACAGCCAGCCAAGGGAGCCUGUAGAGGAAAGACUACUAAACUGGGGCUCACCAGCGCGCCAAAUCACAAUCCCUUGCUCCUGGGAGAGGGCUUGAGCCAAGAGUGUGUGUGAGACAGCACUGGAGCACAGCGGGGUCAGGCUUCUCAAGCUGAGAUGGAAGGGGAAAUUCAAGCAUUCGUUGGAGGCGAAUGCGAGGCACCGUGUUGGCUGUGAAGGAAGUCAAGAGAGUAAAACUGCACCUGGACAGGAAGAGGUUCAGGAUCUUUCUUUGGAUUUCCUUAAAGCGGUCAGAGGCUGUGAUAAUUAGCUGCUGGUCCCUCUAAAUGAACAAUGUGAGGAGGAAAAAACACAAACCAUUGUUGUAACCUCUUGCUAUGGACAAACUGUGAUGUCAGUUUUCAGGAAUCUGUCUAGUGAUGAACCCAACCCGACCACUUCUGUGCUGAUCUAAAGAAAAAAUACUAAAAAAAAAUAAAUAAAUAAAAAGCUGGUGGAUGUGAACUGCUAGUCCUAACCCCACACACACACUCACACACACACGUUCAGAGAUGGCCUUAUGUAGAUAAAGCUUGUCUGUAAGUGCAAGCUUUCUCUCACCACCACCACCACUCACCUCACCCUACCUGAAUGCUGCCCAAAACUCGCUUUUUGGUUUCACUUGUGAAGGGAAAACAUGGUUUUGUUAGCAGACUGAAAAAGGGAUUGUGCUGUCCAUCCAACUUGGUCUUGUGUGUGUGUAUGCAGGUAUAUAUGUACGAGCGAGUGUGAGUGUGAGAGCUUAACUCUUUUCAAUCGGUGAAAUUAACUUUUCUGUGUGCGCUCCACUGAAAAUCCAACUUUGAUUGACUUCAUGAACGUUUGUAAAACACGAGUUUGGCUGGGGGGAUUUACAAAAGCACUGCCAAAAUGAUUGAAUAAGUCCGAAACGAUGGAAAUAUGUCGUCAUUAAAACCUCAUUUGUUGCCAUCGAAGACAGAAAUGGAUGGACUGACGAAGGGGGUUCACACUCCACGUUGGUUGUCUGAGACAAUUUCGGAUGAUGAUGAUGUGAACUGUUGGAAAUUUGCAUGUUUUUCCCACCUCCAGCCCAAAAUGAUUAACCCAUGUUUUGUGUUUAAGUUUGGCUCUGUUCAGCAGGAUUCACAAGUACAAAAUGGACCCAUUCCAUGCAUGCGUACGUCAGCGUGUUGUCAACUUGUAUUGUUCUCAACUAUAACACUGCUCCUUGUGUUCAAAAGCGAGAAAGUAAAGGAUGAAACUAACCGAGAAAAUUAAACAGAUAAAGAAAGGGAAAAAGACCAAAAUUUUGUUACUUUUGCCGUUACGACGACGCAUAAGGUAUCGGCGCCUUCGUUUUCUGUUUUGUUUAUGAGAUGGAAGAACUCUGGUUGCAUCUUAAGACCAGAAACCGGACUGCCAAAGCAGGAUUCACAUCUUUUCUUGAUAACUUUGCUGAGUUAAAACGUUGGUGUUCCAGAGUUAAAGGUGUUUUUUAUUUUUUUAUUUUAUUUUUAAGUUUUACUCAGCAAAGUUGCUCAAGUAACUCCGUGAACUUGCUUCUUGAAACGGGCCCAAGAUCUUCUCAACCCUGGUCAUUGAUCACCUGAACAUAAAACACUUGCACAUCAGAACUGUGAUGGAUGAUUGAUUUGGUGUAUUGUGACGCUAUACUAUGUGAAAUAAAUAAAAAUUUACAUUUUGUUUUUGUCA